AUGGGCUAUGACGCAAAGAAGAUGGCGGACAGGGUGUUUGAGAGGGACAAUCUGCGUACCUGCACAUAUCAGCUGUGCGUGUGCUUGGCAUAUUCGUUAUCGUGGUGUGCUGCAUCGGAUCAAGCCCGACUCUGCGAUCGCAACGGCCUUCUCGUCAGCCCAUCCAAGAGUUUACUGAUGGCUAAUGCAGCCGAACUGUGGCCUGAGAUCCGAUGGGGAGCUGCUCCAGAGAAAGAUACCGCCAACUCGCAGACGUCCACCGAAGCAAGCGAGUCUCAAGCAGGCCGAUCGCCAGAGGACUCCACCAGAUCAGAUUACGAGCUGUGCAAGGAGGUCAAAGAGGUGCAACGGCUUCAUGGAUGCAGCGUCGAGCUGCAGCGCAUCAUAGCAGAUAAGCUGGACACGAUCCUUGCCACGCUGGCGCAGCGAAAGGUGAACCGACCCGAUGCCAGUACUGAGUGA